AUGGAGUCGGCGGACGCUGAAAUCGAAGCACUCUGUUCGAUAUGGGAUGGAGUGAAAGUAGAAAAGAGUUUAGGAGAAGAUGAGAAUAAGAAGAGAUGUGUCAAACACAAAAUAAAAUCUCUGGAAGACGAAAUGACGUCAGCUUCAGUCAUUAUAGAGAUGACUGUUCCAGAGGGGUACCCAUCGGUCUCCCCACUCGUGAAACUAUCGAAUCCACGUGGAAUCGGUGAACCAGAAUUCCAAAAACUUCAGAGAGAAAUCGAUCGAAUUGUGGAGGAGAAUAGUGAUGAGAUGCCCAUUAUUUGCGAAAUUUUUCAGCACUGCUCCGACUACUUGACUGAAAAUCAGCACGUGAAUAUGGACUGUUCGAUAUGUUUGCUGUGUCUCUCGACCUCCCCGAUCCACGUGACUCAAUGCGAUCAUUUCAUGCAUUCCACAUGUUUUUGUCGAUAUUUAGACACGUGUUCCGCCGAUUUUCAGAAGGAAAUUCGAGAGGCUCAACCACAUAUGAAGGAGAGAGUGCAGACGAACAUUCUUUGCCCGGUAUGCCGUGAACAACUCACCGACGACAACACAAUUCACAACUACAAAUUGAAUAUCCAAGAAAUGGCGAAACAAACGAAAAAGAAUCAGAAGACGUUGCGGAAUAAGAAGCGGCGGGCGAGCACGACGACAGAAGACGUUCAGAAGACUAUGAAGAGAUGGCACGAAGAGCAACGACGUCUUCAGAAGAUAUUUGAGAAGCAGAAGAAAAAAGGAGGGAUUAUCGAUGUGGAGGAGGAUAAAAAGCGCCGAGAAUUCUAUAUUGAGACGAGUCGGGAGGGUGAUGAGGCGGAUUGA